AAAAGUGGGCCUGCCCUGCUAGGUAUUCUCGGAACAUACCUGCCAAAUCAGGUCUCUCACAAAAUAUAGCUGAACUAUUCCCCCCUAUUUGUUCUCAGCCUUUUGGCUAAGAUUAAGUGCUGCACUGGUCUGUUGCCCAAACUGAGAUGGAUUUGAAUGGUGUUGUGUAGUGGAUGGUGCACCCCUGUCCAAUACACUGAGGACAGGACACCUUAUGAGUCUUGUAAUUAGCUUCCCAGUGGCCAGCUUCCAGUGGCAUGAUCUCAGCUACAUGCCUACUUUAUAGAAAUGGGGGACUCCUCCCUAGCUUGCUCCUGUGGCCGUUAGCUAAGGGCAAGUGAAACUCAGGGGCAUACGAACCUCAAGCCCUCUGGACUUGGGCCUGCAUGUAGGAUGGCCACCAAUGGAUCUGGAGUAUCUGAAGCUCCUGGCUGAAAAGUCUGGGGUGGAGGAUACUUGCUGGUUGUAGUGCCACAUAUGUUAGAAUGAUUGAUUUUUUGCUCAAUGAAGAGAAUUCAGAACUGAUUUGGCUAAUCUGGCCUGGAAUACAAAAAAUUUCUCCCCCCUCCCCCCCCGUCCCCUAAAUUAAAACAAAAACAAACGAAAAACAAAUUCCCCCCCCUAUUUGUUGUCCUAGUGGUUAGAGCAUUCACUCAGGCUGUUGCAGAUCCAUGUUUGGACCCAUCUUCUCCAUGAUUUGCUAAGGGGAUUUGCAAGCACAUCUCGUAUAAAAGUAUCUUGAUUGUUGAGCUGCCAAGGCAUUUUGAGGUGGGCCAGAGAAUGAGUGAAAAUGACUCUCUAGUCUGGUCAUUAGGGAUCUGACCUGGAAGAUAUGGGUCUCUGCUUCAGUGAUUAGAUAAUUAUAUCAUAGUAACUGGGAAAGCUUCAACAUGGGAGAUUGAUAGUCACUCUUUUCAGAAUGCCAUGUAGCCUAAUGGUUGAGUAUAAAAUGUGGGGAGGGCCUAACUCCCUGGGGUGGUUGAUUUGAGCUACACCUUGGUACCUCAUCUUUGGUAUUUCCUUUUGGCAACCUUGGAUGGACCCCUGUUCAGCAUUCUGGCUUUGUGGGUUCCAUCUGGAGGUAUCUAUGAUAAUUUUUUCCAUGCAUUGAAUAGGAAACCUAUAUACCUGACCUGGACCUGUGGAUUUUAGUAGGUGGCAGGAUACUUAAGUGCAAGGUGUGGUGAGGUUGUGGCCAGGUUCUUUUUGUAGAUGUAGCCCAGCAUUCCUACUCCUGCCAAAAGUGCAAGGGAACUUUGAUUACUAUAAUUCAUCAGGACCUCACAUUUCCAUAACAGAAAGAUUGCCGUUCCAGUGGCAGUGCACCUCCUUCCCCUUUGCUAGCACAGUGCUCAGUCAACACUAAGGAAAGAAGCUGCUGAAGUCUGAGAGAAGGAUAUGAAUCAUGAAUAGCUUAGUUGCUUGCUAGGGACAUGUAGAGCCGAGACAUUCAGUCUGUAACCAGCAGUUAACCUUAGGUAAAUUUAGAGGACCAUUUUACUUCAGGUUAGUUGUCUCUUCUUCAUUUUAGCUUGAGUAACAGAUCAGGGAGAAGUGCAGUCUUCUGCUUACCAACACUCCACCGGUGAUGGUUUCAGGUCAAUGACACAAUGCCUAUUCUAAGUGGAUUCCAGGUACCUUCUCUUCAGCAGACUGGUACUGGAAAUGAGUGCAGCACUGUCCAGUAUCUGUAUAAGAAACACUGUCCCUACUCCUCUGUUUGCAACUGAUCACUAACCCUCAGUCAUUGUGCCCCACUAAAAAAUGUAGGAGAUGGAGAAGAAAGUUUAGGCUACCCAGUGCAUCCUCACUACAGGAUUACCAGUUACAAGUUAGCUCCCUGAGAUGUACUGUGGACUGGGUGCAUUUUAUCAGGUCUGUAGCAUGUUGAAAAAGGGCAUUAGGACCCUGAGGAUCUCUCUCUCUCUCUCUUUUCUGCUCUGCAGGACUGAGCAGUGAGACGAGCUAAAACAAACAGCUGUGACUAUAAGAGCCAGACAAAUAGAAAGAAAGAGGGAGAGAGAAUCCUUUCACCACUCCACCAUCAACUGCCUCCUCCCCUCACCCCCUUUUACACACAGUCUUGGUCCUUCUCUCAUCUGAUCCCCUAGAAACCUCUUCUCCAGUUUAGUCAGGGCUCCCAGGCUCCACUGGGGCUCUCAGGAUGAGGAGAAUCAGGGCUAAUGCUAUUGCAAUCCUGACUGUAGCUUGGAUCCUGGGCACUUUCUAUUACUUAUGGCAGGACAACAAGCCUCAUUCAGCAGCAUCCAGCAAAUCCCCUAGCAGCGGCAGCAGCAGCAAGAAUGGGCAGAGAUCAGCUGGGAGGCUGGAAAUCCACAGGGAAGACAGGACCAUCCCCCUCAUUGUGACAAGAGCUCCUCAAGGAGAGAAGAGCAGCAGGAGGGGUUUUGAUGAAAAGGCUUACCUAUCCUCAAAACUGUUGAAGGCUGGAGAAGACCCUUACCGUCAACAUGCUUUCAACCAGCUGGAGAGUGACAAGCUCAGUAGUGAUCGGCCCAUUCGGGACACGAGGCAUUACAGAUGUGCCUCAGUACACUAUGAUGCAGACUUGCCGGCAACCAGCAUCAUCAUCACCUUUCACAAUGAGGCUCGUUCCACCCUGCUCCGCACAGUGAAGAGCGUUCUGAACCGCACCCCUGCCAGUCUCGUUCAGGAGAUCAUUCUAGUAGAUGACUUCAGCUCAGAUCCUGAGGACUGCCAGCUCCUUACCAAGAUCUCCAAGGUUAAGUGUCUACACAACAGCCGACGAGAAGGACUGAUUCGCUCUCGAGUGCGAGGGGCUGAGGUGGCGACAGCUGAGAUUCUUACCUUCCUGGACAGUCACUGUGAGGUUAAUAGUGAGUGGCUGCAGCCGAUGCUUCAGAGAGUGAAAGAGGAUUAUACCCGAGUGGUGAGUCCAAUCAUUGAUGUGAUCAGCCUGGAUAAUUUUGCCUACUUGGCAGCAUCAGCAGAUCUGAGGGGAGGGUUUGACUGGAGCCUUCACUUUAAGUGGGAGCAGAUCCCCAUAGAGCAGAAGAUGUCCAGGAUAGACCCAACCCAGUCCAUCAGAACACCUGUCAUAGCAGGAGGCAUCUUUGUUAUUGAUAAGUCCUGGUUUAAUCACCUGGGGAAAUAUGACACUCAAAUGGACAUCUGGGGAGGAGAAAACUUUGAGCUCUCCUUCCGUGUGUGGAUGUGUGGUGGCAGCUUGGAGAUCGUUCCCUGCAGUCGUGUGGGCCAUGUGUUCAGGAAACGCCACCCCUACGACUUCCCUGAGGGCAACGCACUGACCUACAUUAAGAACACCAAACGCACUGCAGAGGUGUGGAUGGAUGAGUACAAACAGUAUUAUUAUGAGGCCCGGCCAUCUGCCAUCGGAAAGUCAUUUGGAAGCAUUGCUGACCGAGUGGAGCAACGUAAGAAGCUGAACUGCAGAUCCUUCCAGUGGUAUUUGGAGAAUGUCUACCCAGAACUCAAGGUUCCUGAAAAGGAGCUAAUUCCUGGGAUUAUCAAACAAGGAGAAAAUUGCCUGGAAUCUCAGGGACAGGAUAUGACUGGAAAUACUUUGGCUGGCGUGGGAAGCUGUAAAGGGACAAUGAACAGUCCUCCUGUCACCCAGGAAUGGGUAUUCAGCGACCCUUUAAUUAGGCAGCAGGACAAGUGUCUCUCCAUCACCUCCUUCUCUACUGGGUCUCAAGUCACACUGGAAGCAUGCAAUCAGAAAGAUGGCAGACAGAAAUGGAAGAUGAAAGGCAGUUUCGUUCAGCACUUUGUUAGUGGCCUUUGCUUGGAAAACCAGUCCAGCAGAGCAGUGACCAACCCAUGCCAAUUGGAUGUACCUGGUCAACAGUGGGAGCUGCUGCAGGCCACAUGAUGUGAAAGGCAGGAGAGGGCACAGCCCAGUAGCCAAAGUCACCUUGGAAUGGCAACAACUGACUAACAGCUCUCCCCUUCGGUUCCUUCCUUUGUGUCGAAAUACGUGGUCUUCAGCCCCAUCGAUUCCACAUCACCAGCAGCUUCAACAAUGCUUGUACAAUCUCAUGGUACCUCUCUGGCUUUACUGGCUUUCUACUGUGACAUCCUGGGUCACUGCUUGCAUGUUGUCUGACUGCUGCAGUGAGGUGGCCUUGCAGGAGUGCCAGCAUAAAUAACAAAUGGGUUGGGUGUGGGUAACACAUUCCAGGGCAGGCGCUGUUUAUUGCUCCGUGUUUGGACAGUGCCUGAUCUAGUGGAGCCUCCUCUUUGUGGGAUCAAAUGAGAUUUAAGAAGAAAGAUGUAGGGGCAGAAGGGCAGGGUGAUCAAUGGGUAGGAGGAGGGAUGUAUUUUUGCUGAGUUGUGUCAGUUCACAUCAAUGUCGUUCCUUGCAAAGGACCUUUUUAUGAUUCCUGCUUCUUGUGGCAAAUAGCCAUGAUGGUCAGGAAGACUUCUGCCUCAACACCUCAAAAAGGCCAGUAUCACUGCAGUAGAUAACCCAGGGCUAAUCCUCAUCAACCAGGCACAUUGUUGUGUUUCAUAAGAGUGCUAGGGUGUAAAUGCAUGUCAGAACUACAGUGUCUGUGUGAAACCCCACCACACAGGGAGCUGAUGCCAGGAUUUAGCUUGUGCAUGCCCCCACUUCUGCAUGACUAUUCUGCCAUGAAUUGGCCUGACAUUCAGAAAAUGGCUGCCUAAACUCUGGGGUAUUGGAGGUUGCUGGAGGUCACUCUGAGACUGAUAGAUGAGAUGCUACAGCUACUAGGAAAUAUCCAUUAAGUGCCACCCUGCAGGCAUUCCACAGCAGUGCACUGACAGUGUGUGUUGAAAGCAUUGCUGUAUUCUGGGAUGACAAGGGGAGGGCUCCAAAGAGAACAUGUAUUGCUGCCUUCUGUCGUUCCUUGGCUGGGAUGCAUUAACAGAGAGCGUGCGAGACAGCGCGCAUCCCCCUGGGUAAUUACUGUGUUCCAAAUGUGGGUUAUGACUAAGGAAAGCCAGUGAAAUGGCCACGUGAGUGUGCAUUGCCCAUGUGAACGCAGCCUGGGGUAACAGGCUCCAAAGCUCUUGCUCUGAGAGACAAAGGCAGCUGCAAAGUUUGAGGAUUUGGCUGUUCUUUUCCCACUUCACUCCUUACACUUGGAAAGCCCAGCUUUCCCACCAAAGCAUCAGUACCCAUUCACCUGCCCUUUCUAGAAAGCCUGCCCUCAUUGUAACCCAUGAGGACUCACAGUAAGGCAUUUCCUGACAUUAUCCCUCACUGACAAAGGUAGAUACACAUCCAGUGACUUGUUUCCUGACCCCUUCCAUUUUCAACUAGUCGUGGUGAGGAGAGGUAGAAAGAAAAUCCUUCCCUGUGGUACUGGCUCAAAGAUACUCCAUAGCAAUUACAUGCCUUUCCUUGCUGGUGAAUUGCCCCACUGCUUCAGGAUCCUCAGUCAGUUGCUGUUCCAAUGCUGGGGGUGGAUCUGAGGUGGACUGGAGGAGUUGUGGCUGACAAGAUCCUGUCCUGGCACUCUGUGGACUUUGCCAAGGUGCAAAUUAGGACUGCCCUACUCUGUAGCAGGGAUUAAACCAGCCACUGGCAGCCAUGGAACAAGGAAGAUGCAAGUCACCUCCCCUGUGUGCCAGGACCUGAUGCCAGUGAAGCACAGGGAUGAAUCCAUUCUCCAACAUCUUGCAUCACCACAGUCUGUUGUUAAUCCCUUCCGUGCCAGCCAGACAGGGUGUGCCCACCGAAGCAUCUCCUCCUGUUCUCUUUUACUUAAACCAAUGGCGUGAAAAAAAAUGUGAUGCUGGGAAUACUCGAGAGUAAGGCAGCAGUGAAGGGAUUAGUGGAGCAGACCCUGAUUUCUCUUUUUUCAUGGAGAAGAGGUGAGGGUUUCGUAGGGUGAGGUCACCUGAAGAAAAAUGUCUUGCAUUCAGAAUCAUGUCUGACUUUAUCCUAACCAUACGUUUGGUCCAAUAAAAGCCAUCAUCCUAAGAAAGCCUUGCCCCUCCUAUAAUUUCUGGACCAUCAUGGCAACAUCACUCUUUUACUACCGUUUAUGGAGAAGACUAACUGCUCUCACUUAAAAGGACAGUGGCAGGAUGUAAAUCCAUCUAUUAAGGGAAAUUGGACUGUAUAGAAAUAGGGAAAAAUGAAAAAAAAAACCCAAAACAAGCCCCUAACAGAUGCUCUCUGCUUCCCUCAUUUGCUUUCUGCAAAAAGAAAAGCCAGUGUCUCUUUCUGUGCCUCUAUUUCUGGUUCAAGUGAACUAGUCAGUGGUAGGAGUUGGAUUUGGUUCCCAGAGAUGUUAGACAAGCUUUCAGGCACAAAGUACCCUUGUGCCCAAAAGCUUCUCUAAUACUUCUCCCAAAUGUACAGCUGGCUCAAUAAAAGGUAUCAUCAAAACCCCCUUGCUUCUUGCAUAGUCCCUGGACCAUCAUGGUUACAACUACACUCCAAUUCUGGAUUCUGUUGGCUUUGACCAUGUUUGUGCCUGUUUCCAGUUCUCCAUUCAUUACUUGCACCAAAUACUUGGUAAAAGAACAGAUUCUAUUCUUUGAACCUGUAUUUUCUUGCAAGCAAAAAGGCUUAUGUGAGAACAAAGGGGUUCAUUAUUCUCUAUUGUUCUUCUAUUUAAAAAGUUUGUUGCUUGACCAGGAGCAAUGAGAAUCUUCAGUUUCCUCUUUUCAUUUAGAUAGGAGCUUAACAGUUUGGCAGUGGUUUUCCUGCCUGGCCAAAGAAAACUCAAGAGACUCCUCUUACAGCUAUGGCAAGUUCAGUUUUGUGCAACUGAGCAGUUUUGUGUAGGAAGGAGGGAGUGUUGUACAACAUGUUUUCCUCCUCCUCCUGUACAGUACAGAGAUGCUGUGAUGCUUUCAUGCCAGCACACAUCAGAGGGAUUGAACUUGAUGGGCAAGUUUUUAGGGGUAAAAAAACAGUGAAAGGGAAAAGGAAGAGGCAGUAUGGGGAGAAAAGGCAGAGAGACACAGAAGGAGAAGAAAGAAAAAGGAGAGGAAAAUGAAGGGAAGAGAACACAGAACAGACUGGCACCAUGGAAAAGAGAUAAGUCCAUCAUUCCUCAGUCACCAGGCACACCCAGGAGGAUCUACUUCCAGGAUAGGAACAAGAAGGUCUAAUUAACUUGACAGAAAAAAAAAAAAGCAGCAUGUGAAGAAAGACCAAAGAGGAGAGGAGCAGGGAGGUAAUUUCUGGGGGUAUUUUGUUGCUUCCAGAUUGCAUCUGUUCUAUGAGCUCUAUCCUAAGAGGCUGCCUGAGCACCCUUCUUCCCCAUCAUGUAGAUUCACAGUCCCAGCUAGUGGCGCAGUCAGCUCCUUCCUCAGGCAUUGCUCCCUUACCUGUUCCCAUUGAUUCUUGUGUCUGUGUGGCCUUCCUGUACUUUGAUUUUAGGGCUUUGUCUGUUAACCACAGUAGGGGCAGAAGCCGUCUCUAACUCUUAUCUCAUGAACCAAAACAAUUGCACAGGGCUGCUCUUUGAGAGGGGACCUCUUCAAAAUAUUGCUUUUGGCUUGGGUGCUGAGCUCUGAUUGCACCAGAAAUCCCACUUGUCUUGAGUCUUCAAGUUGUCUGUCAUCCUAAGCUUGUCCUGUGACUAAAAGUCAACCCUGGUUCAGGCACUUCAUCGAUUGUGCUUCAUUGCAAAAGUCAAUGUGAGGUAAUUUCCUCAUGGGCUGUCUUGGGAGUUGGGCAAACACUACCUACAGGCACUCAUGCUAUCUGAAGGGUGAAUUCCAAAAAACUCACCUCCUGCUUUCGAAGUAACCUGUGUUCUUCAGCUUUCCUAUUAGGUUUUAGAGAUCACUGAUAAGGAGGAACCGUGUCAAAAGUUGCUUCUUUUCAUUUCAAGCAAUCCAAACAUCUUCUCCUGCUAGAUGAGGGUACCCCUAAGUGUGUUGCUAACCUGCUCCUUUGUGCAUCUCGCUUGAGGAGAUGAUGUUAACAACAUGUUUUCCCCACAGUGCUGCUUCUGCCAGUGUCUUUCCUUUAGCACUGAACUUUGACGGCUUCUCACACUCAAAGGUCCCACCAACUUCACUGAGGGAUUUAGCUGGGUAAAAGCUGAGGAUGGACCUCAAGGCCUGUCCCACAGUUUGUGAAAACAGUCAGAAAGAGUUGUGCCUGGUCCUUGCUUUGCUAUUUACUUUGAAAAUACACCUAGACCAGGGGUUGGCAACCUAUGGCCCACAGGGUGGAUCCAUGCUGUAGAGCUGUUAGAUCCAGCCUACAAAGCCGGGGGGCUUUGCCUGCAACAUGGCUGGGUAGCUGGAAGCUUUGACCGUGCCUCACCUGGGUAGACGAGGAGACAAGGCAGUGGGGAGAAGCAGUGGUGGCAACAGCGGCCAGGGCCUAGUGUUGAUGUGCCUCGGACCUGAGCUGGGUCCUUCCAGACUACAGCUUGAAAAGAUUGCCAACCACUGACCUAGGCUACAAGGAAGAGUGUCCUUAAGAAAAUUGUUAUUAGAUGAUAUCACCCAGUGUAAUUUCCUGCGCCAUGUGGGAAGUAUCAAGGUUUAUGUAGCAGGAGUGGAAGCUACUGUUGUACAGAAACCAAUUUUAAAGAGUUUAUUUUCCCCACUUGGCUAUCAAAUGCACUUUGCCAAAUGUAAUUUAUGUGGAACACAGAUUUGUUUUUCCUUUUCUUGAAGAAAGCAUGUGCCAGAAUCUGUCUGUUUAAAUGCCUGGAAUUAAAUCCACUUUGAAACAAGA